UGCCAGCGGUGGUACUGCGCCACCGCAGAUGUGGGUGCAGCCGAUGUGGCCGCAGCUAACACCACCUAUGUGGAGUUCUUCACAGCAGCCACCGGUGAUGUGGCCACAGCCAUCACCAUAUCCUUGGUGGCCAAUGUACCAGCAGCCGCAGCCAUGGCUACUCGUACCACAGAUGCUGCCGUGGCCGCCACCAACUACUACACCAUAUUUUGUACCACUUACUGAGGGUUCUCAGUCACAGCCUGAAGUAGAGCACCAUCAUCCUCCUCCUCAGGAACAGCUUUCUCUGCCGCAAAGCCCAAGAACAGAAGAGAACGAAGGAGCGGACGAAGAACAUGGCCAAGACGAGGGCAUUGAAGCACAUGGAGAGAAGACGAUACUGGAAAACGGUGUAGCAACACCACCACACUGAGAAUGUGGCCAAAGCAACAGCCGAUCCGAAAUAUUAGUCCUGAGGAUGUACAUAUUGAUAACAUCAGAAUGA